CAGUGAGACGAGCACAUUUCACCUCCUUUAUAGGCUAUGCGUGGCUAGAACAGAUGGAAAACAUUUCCAUCAUCGCAGAAAGUUCUAUUGGACAGCACUGUUCUGAAGCGUUUAAUUUGCCAUCAUGGAAAAGAAAUAAAACACUCACUGAAUGUCCUUAAAUCUGUUUUAUGAUUUGGCAUUGUGUUUAAGUUUGGAUUGCGCAUUUAGGAUAGAGGUGAGAGGACCAUACUAUUUUCAGUGUCCGGAGACCUCUCAAGACUCUAAUUUGACCUUGGCCAGAACGAUCCUUAACAGCAUUUAUAUGCUUGAUCUCCUCUCCACGCAGCCCAUCAGUAAGCCACUGCGCUCCACGGUCACACUUCAGCGCUCCCAAUACACCAGGCACACACUAAGUACGAGUCUCGGCUGGUGUCCUAGCAACAGCGACGCGACCCCGCCCCUUCCCGCUGUACCCCUCCUACCUUAUUAGCCUGGAAGGGGCGGGACCAGGGGCCAGUGCCCAAUAGGAAGGGAGCAGAGGAGGGAAUCCUGGCCGCGUCCCCGUCGCUAGGGAAACCGAUGCAGCUGGAGGCCGCGCGCGAUGCGGGGCGCGGAGCAGCGGGCCGCGCUCGCUGAGGAGAACGCUGACGGGAAACCCGGCGCCGACCGACGACUGCGACUCCUGGGGACCUACGUGGCCCUGAGCCUGCGGCCGGCUGCGGGCGCCUGGGAGCGUUGUGCGGGGACUGCCGAGGCGGAGCAGCUGCUCCAGGCCUUCCUGGACCGCGAUGCUGCCGAGGGGCCGCGGCCGCUGCUGGUGGUGCGGCCCGGGCCCGGGGGCCUGGCGGUACGACCCGGGCUGGAGGUGAGACCUGAGUCGGGCCCGGCUGGCGCUAAGGGCCUUUUUUUCUUGCGCACCGGGACCAAGCCUCCAGGGCCCGACAGCUUCCGCGGCGCAGUGGUCUGCGGGGACCUGCCCGCGGCACCUCUGGAGCACCUGGCCGCGCUGUUCUCUGAGGUUGUUCUACCCGUCCUGGCCAAUGAGAAGAAUCGCCUCAACUGGCCCCACAUGGUAUGUGAGGAUGUCAGGCGGCACGCCCACAGCCUCCAAUGUGACCUCUCGGUUAUACUUGAGCAAGUGAAGGGAAGAACUUUGCUGCCUCUUCCAGCAGGCUCAGAAAAAAUGGAGUUUGUGGAUUCCAAAAGUGAGACAGUCUUGGAUUCUAUAGAUAAGUCAGUCAUCUAUGCCAUUGAGUCUGCAGUGAUCAAAUGGAGCUACCAAGUCCAGGUGGUACUGAAGAGAGAAUCUUCCCAGCCACUCUUACAAGGGGAGAAUCCCACCCCUAAGGUGGAGUUGGAAUUCUGGAAGAGCAGGUAUGAAGAUCUGCAAUACAUUUAUAAUCAACUGAGAACAAUAAAGGUGAGGGGCAUGGCCAAGCUCCUGGACAAGCUUCAGAGUAGCUACUUUCCAGCUUUCAAAGCCAUGUACAGAGAUGUUGUUGCAGCUUUAGCAGAGGCACAGGACAUCCAUGUGCACCUGAUACCGCUCCAGCACCACCUGGAAACUCUAGAGAAUGCAGAAUUUCUGGAGGUGAAGCCCCGGCUGCGGCCCCUGCUCCACGUGGUUUGUCUGAUUUGGGCCACCUGCAAGUGCUACCGCUCCCCGGGGAGGUUGACUGUGCUGCUCCAGGAGAUUUGCAACCUUCUUAUCCAGCAGGCCUCUCAUUAUCUCAGCCCAGAAGACCUGCUGAGAAGUGAGAUAGAAGAAAGUCAGAGAAAACUGCAAGUGGUCUCAGACACUUUGAGCUUCUUCAAGCAAGAGUUUCAGGACAGAAGGGAGAAUCUCCACACUUACUUCAAAGAGAACCAGGAAGUCAAGGAAUGGGAUUUCCAGUCUUCUUUGGUCUUUGUGCAAUUGGAUGGCUUCCUGGGACGACUGCACGUGGUAGAGGGUCUUCUGAAGACGGCCCUGGAUUUCCACAAACUGGGAAAGGUGGAGUUCAGCGGCAUCAGAGGGAAUGCCCUGAGUCAGCAGGUCCAGCAAAUGCAUGAGGAAUUUCACGAGAUGUACAGGCUUUUCUCAGGGUCCUCCUCCGACUGCCUGUACCUCCAAAGCACGGAUUUUGAAAAUGACGUCGCUGAAUUUAACCAGAAAGUAGAAGAUCUCGACCGAAGACUGGGGACUAUCUUUAUUCAAGCUUUUGAUGAUGCACCUGGCUUGGAGCAUGCCUUUAAGCUGCUAGACAUAGCAGGAAACCUCCUUGAAAGACCACUGGUAGCGAGGGAUACAUCUGAUAAAUACCUGGUCCUCAUUCAAAUGUUCAACAAAGAUCUGGAUGCAGUGAGGAUGAUCUACAGUCAGCAUAUCCAGGAGGAAGCAGAACUUGGGUUCUCACCGGUGCACAAGAACAUGCCCACCAUGGCCGGCGGCCUCCGCUGGGCACAGGAGCUGAGGCAGCGCAUCCAGGGUCCUUUUAGCAACUUUGGACGCAUCACACACCCUUGCAUGGAAUCUGCAGAAGGAAAGCGAAUGAAACAAAAAUAUGAAGAUACGCUCUCACUGCUAGAAAAGUAUGAGACAAGACUUUAUGAGGACUGGUGCCGGACAGUAUCAGAGAAGUCACAGUACAAUCUUUCCCAACCACUUCUGAAACGUGACCCAGAGACGAAGGAGAUCACUGUCAACUUUAACCCACAGCUGCUUUCAGUGCUGAAAGAAAUGAGCUAUCUUGAAGCCAGAGAGAUGACACACAUCCCUGAGACAGCAGCAGCCAUGUUCUCCUCCAGGGAUUUCUAUCGGCAGCUUGUGGCUAAUUUGGAGUUGAUGGCAAAUUGGUACAAUAAGGUUAUGAAAACUCUGCUGGAGGUGGAAUUUCCGUUAGUGGAGGAAGAGCUGCAAAAUAUUGAUCUCCGCCUCAGAGCAGCAGAGGAGACUUUGAACUGGAAAACAGAAGGCGUUUGCGAUUAUGUCACUCAAAUCACCAGUAGUAUUCAUGAUCUUGAACAAAGAAUUCAGAAAACUAAAGACAAUGUGGAAGAGAUCCAAAACAUCAUGAAAACAUGGGUGGCUCCAAUAUUUAAGAGAAAAGAUGGAAAAAGAGAAUCCCUUCUUUCUCUGGAUGAUCAGCAUGAUCGAAUGGAAAAAUAUUACAAUCUCAUCAAGGAAUCUGGCCUUAAGAUCCACACCCUUGUUCAGGAAAACCUGGGUCUAUUUUCCGCAGACCCAACCUCCAAUAGCUGGAAGACAUAUGUUAACUCUAUUGACAACAUGUUGCUGAAUGGAUUCUUUCUUGCCAUUGAGUGCUCCCUCAAGUAUCUCCUGGAAAAUACUGAGUGUAAGGCAGGACUUACCCCAAUAUUUGAAGCACAACUGAGUCUAGCCAUCCCAGACCUAGUUUUCUAUCCGUCUCUGGAGUCUGGCGUGAAGGGGGGUUUCUAUGACAUUGUUGAGGGUCUCAUCACCAGCAUUUUUAGGAUAUCAUCUCUGGUGCCACGGCUUUCCCCACAAAACGGCUCUCCUCACUAUCAGGUCGACCUGGACGGUAUGCCAGAUUUGGCAAACCUGCGGCAAACGCUCAUGGAGAGAGUCCAGAGAAUGAUGGGCCUCUGCUGUGGCUAUCGGAGCACCUUCAGCCAGUAUUCACACCUCUAUGUGGAGGACCAGAAGGAGGUUCUGGGUCAGUUUCUGCUGUACGGGCACAUCCUCACUCUGGAGGAAACUGAAGACCAUGUGGAAGACGGUAUCCCAGAGAACCCUCCCCUCCUUUCUCAGUUUAAAGUGCAAAUCGACUCCUACGAAACGCUCUAUGAAGAGGUGUGCAGGCUGGAGCCCAUCAAGGUGUUUGACAGCUGGAUGAAAAUUGAUAUUCGACCCUUUAAGGCAUCCCUGCUGAAUAUUAUUAAGAGGUGGAGCCUCCUGUUCAAACAGCAUCUUGUGGACCACGUCACUCAGAGCUUGGCCAACCUUGAAGCGUUUAUAAAGAAUAGUGAGAGCGGCUUACUCAAGAAAGUUGAAAAAGGAGAUUUCGAAGGCUUGGUUGAGAUCAUGGGACACCUUAUGGCUGUGAAAGAACGGCAGAGUAACACUGAUGAGAUGUUUGAGCCCUUAAAGCAGACUGUUGAAUUGCUGAAGACCUAUGAACAAGAAUUGCCAGAAACAGUGUUUAAGCAGCUGGAGGAGCUGCCUGAGAAAUGGAACAACAUAAAAAAGGUGGCCAUUACUGUGAAGCAGCAGGUGGCCCCACUGCAGGCAAAUGAAGUGACACUUCUCCGCCAGAGGUGCACAGCCUUCGAUGCAGAACAGCAGCAAUUCUGGGAGCGGUUCCACAAAGAAGCCCCGUUCAGGUUUGAUAGCAUCCACCCUCAUCAAAUGCUGGAUGCCAAGCACAUCGAGAUCCAGCAGAUGGAAUCCACUAUGGCCUCCAUUUCUGAGUCCGCCAGCUUAUUCGAAGUCAAUGUCCCUGACUAUAAGCAGCUGAGGGAGUGCAGGAAGGAGGUCUGCCAACUGAAAGAGCUCUGGGACACCAUUGGAAUGGUGACCUCCAGUAUCCAUGCCUGGGAGACCACACCCUGGAGGGAUAUCAAGGUGGAAGCCAUGGAGUUGGAGUGCAAACAGUUUGUCCGGCAUAUCCGAAACCUGGACAAGGAGGUCAGGUCCUGGGAUGCAUUCACAAGCCUGGAAAGCACUGUGUGGAACAUGCUGAGCUCCCUGAGGGCGGUAGCUGAGCUGCAGAAUCCAGCCAUCCGGGAGCGGCACUGGAGGCAGCUGAUGCAGGCCACUGGUGUGAGCUUCACUAUGGACCAGGACACCACCCUAGCGCACCUGCUGCAGCUCCAGCUGCACCACUAUGAGGACGAGGUCCGGGGCAUUGUGGACAAAGCUGCAAAAGAGAUGGGUAUGGAGAAAACCUUAAAGGAGCUGCAGACCACCUGGGCUGGCAUGGAAUUCCAGUAUGAGGCCCACCCCCGGACCAAUGUCCCCCUCCUGCGCUCGGAUGAGGACCUCAUAGAGGUUCUGGAGGAUAAUCAAGUUCAACUUCAGAACCUGGUGAUGUCCAAGUAUGUUGCUUUCUUCCUGGAGGAGGUGUCGGGCUGGCAGAAGAAGCUGUCCACAGCGGAUGCUGUCAUCUCUAUCUGGUUUGAAGUACAGCGAACCUGGACUCACCUGGAAAGCAUAUUCAUUGGAUCUGAAGAUAUUCGGGCACAGCUACCCCAGGAUUCUAAAAGGUUUGAAAGCAUCGACAUUGACUUUAAAGAGCUAGCUUAUGAUGGCCAGAAAACUCCAAAUGUGGUGGAAGCCACCAACAAACCAGGCCUGUAUGAAAAGCUGGAGGAUAUUCAGGGCAGAUUGUGCCUGUGUGAGAAGGCCCUGGCAGAGUACCUCGACACCAAGAGGCUUGCCUUCCCUCGGUUUUACUUUCUCUCCUCCUCUGAUCUGUUAGACAUCCUUUCCAACGGCACGGCUCCACAACAGGUUCAACGUCACCUUUCCAAACUCUUUGACAACAUGGCCAAGAUGCGAUUCCAGCUAGAUGCCAGUGGGAAACCAACCAAGACAAGCCUUGGCAUGUACAGCAAAGAAGAAGAGUAUGUGGCUUUCAGUGAGCCCUGUGACUGCAGCGGGCAGGUGGAAAUAUGGCUGAACCAUGUCCUCGGUCACAUGAAGGCCACUGUGAGGCAUGAGAUGACAGAAGGUGUAACUGCCUAUGAAGAAAAGCCGAGGGAGCAGUGGCUCUUUGACUACCCAGCUCAGGUGGCCCUGACCUGUACUCAGAUCUGGUGGACAACAGAAGUGGGCAUGGCAUUUGCCAGGCUGGAAGAAGGCUAUGAGAGUGCCAUGAAGGACUAUUACAAGAAGCAAGUGGCUCAGCUCAAAACCCUCAUCACCAUGCUGAUUGGCCAGCUCUCCAAGGGAGACCGGCAGAAGAUUAUGACCAUCUGCACCAUCGAUGUGCAUGCCCGGGAUGUGGUAGCCAAGAUGAUUGCUCAGAAGGUAGACAAUGCCCAGGCUUUCCUGUGGCUGUCUCAGCUGCGCCAUCGUUGGGAUGACGAGGUCCAACACUGCUUUGCCAACAUCUGUGAUGCCCAGUUUCUGUAUUCCUAUGAGUACCUGGGAAACACACCUCGCCUGGUGAUCACACCUUUGACUGACAGGUGCUACAUCACCCUCACCCAGUCCCUGCACCUGACCAUGAGUGGGGCUCCCGCAGGACCUGCAGGCACAGGCAAGACCGAGACCACCAAGGACCUGGGCCGUGCACUGGGCAUCCUGGUCUAUGUGUUCAACUGCUCAGAGCAGAUGGAUUACAAGUCUUGUGGCAACAUCUACAAAGGCCUCGCUCAGACGGGCGCCUGGGGCUGCUUUGAUGAGUUUAAUCGAAUCUCCGUGGAGGUCUUGUCAGUGGUGGCGGUGCAGGUAAAAAGCAUUCAAGAUGCGAUUAGAGAUAAGAAGCAGUGCUUCAACUUCCUUGGGGAGGAGAUCAGCCUGAAUCCUUCUGUCGGAAUCUUCAUCACCAUGAACCCGGGCUAUGCCGGCCGCACGGAGCUGCCAGAGAACCUCAAGGCUCUCUUCAGGCCUUGUGCAAUGGUGGUUCCAGACUUUGAGUUGAUCUGUGAAAUCAUGCUGGUGGCAGAAGGAUUCAUUGAAGCCCGGUCAUUAGCCAGAAAGUUCAUCACUCUUUACCAGUUGUGCAAAGAGCUUCUCUCCAAACAGGAUCAUUACGACUGGGGCCUGCGGGCCAUCAAGUCCGUGCUGGUGGUGGCGGGAUCCCUGAAGCGAGGAGACCCUGACCGGCCUGAGGACCAGGUCCUGAUGCGCUCCUUGCGGGACUUCAACAUCCCCAAGAUUGUGACUGAUGACAUGCCCAUCUUCAUGGGCCUGAUCGGGGACCUCUUUCCCGCCCUGGAUGUCCCCCGGAGGAGAGACCCCAACUUCGAGGCUUUGGUUAGGAAGGCAAUAGUGGAUCUGAAGCUCCAGGCUGAGGACAACUUUGUGCUCAAGGUGGUCCAGCUGGAGGAGCUCCUGGCUGUGCGGCACUCUGUAUUCGUGGUUGGUGGCGCUGGUACCGGCAAGUCACAGGUGCUGAGAUCCUUGCACAAGACCUAUCAGAUCAUGAAACGGCGCCCCGUCUGGACUGACCUCAAUCCCAAAGCAGUCACAAAUGAUGAGCUCUUUGGCAUCAUCAAUCCAGCCACGCGAGAAUGGAAGGAUGGAUUGUUCUCUUCCAUCAUGCGGGAGCUUGCCAACAUCACCCAUGAUGGGCCCAAGUGGAUUUUACUGGAUGGCGACAUAGAUCCAAUGUGGAUUGAGUCCCUGAAUACUGUCAUGGAUGAUAACAAGGUGCUGACAUUGGCCAGCAAUGAGAGGAUUCCUCUGAACCCCACCAUGAAGCUCCUCUUUGAGAUCAGCCACCUGCGCACAGCCACUCCAGCAACUGUCUCUAGAGCAGGGAUCUUGUACAUCAACCCGGCAGACUUGGGAUGGAACCCUCCGGUGAGCAGCUGGAUUGACAAGAGGGAAAUCCAGACAGAGAGAGCCAACCUAACCAUUCUGUUUGACAAGUACAUUCCAACCUGCUUAGACACACUCAGAACCAGGUUUAAGAAAAUCAUUCCCAUCCCAGAGCAGAGCAUGGUUCAGAUGGUGUGUCACCUUCUGGAAUGUCUCCUGACCACGGAGGACAUCCCUGCAGACUGCCCUAAGGAAAUUUAUGAGCAUUAUUUUGUGUUUGCUGCCAUCUGGGCUUUCGGCGGAGCAAUGGUCCAGGAUCAGCUUGUGGACUACCGGGCAGAGUUCAGCAAAUGGUGGCUGACUGAGUUCAAAACAGUCAAGUUUCCUGCCCAAGGAACCAUCUUUGACUAUUACAUCGACCCAGAGACCAAGAAAUUCGAGCCUUGGUCCAAGCUCAUCCCCCAGUUUGAAUUUGACCCCGAGAUGCCCUUGCAGGCAUGUUUGGUGCACACGAGUGAGACCAUCCGUGUGUGCUACUUCAUGGAGCGGCUGAUGGCGCGGCGGCGGCCUGUCAUGCUGGUGGGCACAGCUGGCACUGGCAAGUCGGUGCUGGUGAGAGCUAAGCUGGCCAGCCUCGACCCCGAGGCAUACCUGGUGAAAAACGUGCCAUUCAACUACUAUACCACGUCGGCAAUGCUGCAGGCUGUCCUGGAGAAGCCUCUGGAAAAGAAGGCUGGUAGAAACUACGGCCCUCCAGGCAACAAGAAGCUCAUCUAUUUCAUUGAUGACAUGAACAUGCCUGAGGUGGAUGCCUACGGGACGGUGCAGCCCCACACCAUCAUCCGGCAGCAUCUGGACUAUGGCCACUGGUAUGAUCGGAGCAAGCUGUCCCUAAAGGAGAUCACAAAUGUACAGUAUGUUUCCUGUAUGAACCCCACGGCAGGCAGCUUCACCAUCAACCCCCGGCUUCAGCGUCACUUCAGCCUGUUUGUCCUCUCCUUCCCGGGGGCAGAUGCCCUGUCCUCCAUCUACAGCAUCAUCCUUACUCAACAUCUGAAGCUUGGAAACUUCCCGGCGUCCCUGCAGAAAUCCAUCCCCCCACUGAUCAAUCUGGCCCUCACCUUCCACCAGAAAGUUGCUACCACAUUCUUACCCACAGCAGUCAAAUUCCACUACAUCUUCAACCUCAGAGAUUUUGCCAACAUUUUCCAGGGCAUUCUCUUCUCCUCAGUGGAAUGUGUGAAAUCCACACGGGAUCUCAUAAGGCUCUAUCUGCAUGAAUCAAAUCGAGUUUAUCGGGAUAAGAUGGUAGAAGAAAAGGACUUUGAUCUUUUUGAUAAAAUCCAGAGAGAAGUGCUCAAGAAAACUUUUGAUGAUAUUGAAGACCCUGUGGAGCAGACCCAAAGCCCGAACCUGUAUUGUCACUUUGCAAAUGGUAUUGGGGAGCCCAAAUACAUGCCUGUACAGUCUUGGGAACUUUUGACCCAGACUCUGGUGGAGGCCCUGGAGAACCACAAUGAAGUCAACACAGUGAUGGACCUAGUUCUCUUUGAGGAUGCCAUGCGCCAUGUCUGCCAUAUCAAUCGCAUCUUGGAGUCCCCGCGGGGAAAUGCUCUGCUGGUUGGUGUAGGUGGGAGUGGCAAGCAGAGCCUGACAAGGCUGGCAGCUUUCAUCAGCUCCAUGGAUGUCUUCCAGAUCACACUGCGGAAAGGCUACCAGAUCCAGGACUUCAAGAUGGACCUGGCCAGCCUGUGUCUGAAAGCCGGAGUGAAGAAUCUCAACACAGUGUUCCUCAUGACUGAUGCCCAAGUGGCUGAUGAGAGGUUCCUUGUGCUCAUCAAUGAUCUUCUGGCAUCUGGGGAGAUACCAGAUCUCUACUCUGAUGAUGAAGUCGAAAACAUCAUAAGCAAUGUGAGGAAUGAAGUCAAGAGCCAGGGUCUGGUUGACAACAGAGAGAACUGUUGGAAGUUCUUUAUAGAUCGGGUCCAGCGACAGCUGAAGGUGACUCUCUGUUUCUCCCCUGUGGGGAACAAGCUAAGAGUCCGCAGCAGGAAGUUCCCAGCCAUUGUGAACUGCACAGCCAUCCACUGGUUCCACGAGUGGCCUCAGCAAGCAUUGGAGUCUGUCAGCCUCCGCUUCUUGCAGAACACAGAGGGCAUUGAGCCCACAGUAAAGCAGUCAAUUAGCAAGUUCAUGGCCUUUGUCCACACAAGUGUCAACCAAACAUCCCAGUCUUAUCUGAACAAUGAACAGCGCUACAACUACACAACUCCCAAGUCCUUUCUGGAGUUCAUCAAACUCUACCAGAGCUUGUUGCACAGGCACAGAAAAGAGCUCAAGUGCAAGACAGAGCGGCUGGAGAAUGGGCUGCUGAAGCUGCACAGCACCUCCGCCCAGGUGGAUGAUCUGAAAACCAAGUUGGCUGCCCAGGAAGUGGAGCUGAAGCAGAAAAAUGAAGAUGCAGACAAACUGAUUCAGGUGGUGGGUGUGGAGACUGACAAAGUGAGCAGAGAGAAAGCCAUGGCAGAUGAGGAGGAGCAGAAGGUGGCCCUCAUCAUGCUAGAGGUGAAGCAGAAGCAGAAGGACUGUGAGGAGGACCUGGCAAAGGCAGAGCCAGCACUCAUGGCAGCGCAGGCAGCCCUAAACACCCUCAACAAGACCAAUCUGACGGAGUUGAAGUCAUUUGGCUCUCCGCCUCUGGCCGUCAGCAAUGUCAGCUCCGCGGUGAUGGUGCUGAUGGCCCCCGGGGGUAGGGUGCCCAAGGACCGGAGCUGGAAGGCUGCUAAGGUCACCAUGGCCAAAGUGGAUGGCUUCCUGGACUCGCUAAUAAACUUCAACAAAGAGAACAUUCACGAGAACUGCCUCAAAGCCAUCAGGCCGUACCUGCAAGACCCCGAGUUCAAUCCCGAGUUUGUGGCCACCAAAUCCUAUGCGGCUGCAGGCCUCUGCUCUUGGAUCAUCAAUAUUGUGAGGUUUUAUGAGGUGUUCUGUGACGUGGAACCCAAGCGCCAGGCGCUGAGCAAAGCCACCGCGGACCUCACAGCUGCCCAGGAGAAGCUGGCCGCCAUCAAAGCCAAGAUCGCUCACCUUAAUGAAAACCUGGCAAAGCUCACAGCCAGGUUUGAGAAAGCAACAGCAGACAAACUCAAAUGUCAGCAAGAAGCCGAAGUGACCGCAAGCACCAUCUCCCUCGCCAACCGCCUGAUUGGAGGACUCGCUUCUGAAAACGUGAGGUGGGCAGAAGCCGUGCAGAACUUCAAACAGCAGGAAAGGAUGUUAUGUGGUGACAUUUUACUGAUAACGGCUUUCAUUUCCUACCUUGGCUUCUUCACAAAGAAAUAUCGGCAGAGCCUCCUGGAUGGGACUUGGAGGCCCUACCUGAGCCAGCUGAAAACUCCCGUUCCUGUCACCCCAACCCUGGAUCCCCUGAGGAUGCUGAUGGACGAUGCUGACGUGGCUGCCUGGCAGAACGAGGGCCUCCCAGCCGACCGCAUGUCCGUGGAGAACGCCACCAUCCUCCUCAACUGUGAGCGCUGGCCACUCAUGGUUGACCCUCAGCUACAAGGCAUCAAAUGGAUCAAGAAUAAAUACGGUGAAGAUCUCCAGGUCACGCAGAUUGGCCAGAAAGGCUACCUUCAAGUCAUAGAGCAGGCCCUGGAAGCUGGAGCUGUGGUGCUGAUUGAAAACCUAGAGGAGUCCAUUGAUCCUGUUCUGGGACCUCUGCUUGGGAGAGAAGUCAUUAAAAAAGGACGAUUCAUUAAAAUUGGAGACAAAGAAUGUGAAUACAAUCCCAAGUUCCAGCUCAUCCUCCACACCAAGCUGGCUAAUCCUCACUACCAGCCCGAGCUGCAGGCUCAGGCCACCCUGAUCAACUUCACCGUGACCAGGGAUGGCCUGGAGGACCAGUUGCUGGCAGCUGUGGUCAGCAUGGAGAGGCCAGACCUGGAGCAGCUGAAGUCCGAUCUCACAAAGCAGCAGAAUGGAUUCAAAAUUACCCUGAAAACGUUGGAAGACAGUCUCCUCUCUCGCCUCUCCUCUGCCUCUGGGAACUUCCUGGGAGAAACAGCGCUGGUGGAAAACCUAGAGGUCACCAAGCAGACUGCUGCCGAAGUUGAGAAAAAGGUCCAGGAGGCCAAGGUGACCGAAGUGAAAAUCAACGAGGCCCGAGAGCACUACCGGCCAGCAGCUGCCAGGGCCUCACUGCUCUACUUCAUCAUGAACGACCUCAGCAAGAUCCAUCCAAUGUACCAGUUUUCUCUCAAGGCCUUCAGUAUCGUCUUCCAGAAGGCUGUGGAGAGGGCUGCUCCUGACGAGAACCUCAGGGAGGGGGUGGCCAGCCUAAUAGACAGCAUAACCUUCUCUGUGUACCAGUACACCACUCGCGGGCUCUUCGAGUGUGAUAAGCUGACCUACCUUGCCCAGCUAACCUUUCAGAUUCUCCUCAUGAACCGAGAAGUCAAUCCAGUGGAGUUGGAUUUCCUGCUUCGAUCUCCAGUGCAGACAGGCACCGCCAGCCCCGUGGAGUUCCUCUCACAUCAGGCAUGGGGAGCUGUCAAGGUACUUUCCUCAAUGGAAGAAUUCUGUAAUCUGGAUCGGGACAUAGAGGGAUCUGCUAAGAGCUGGAAAAAGUUUGUGGAGUCCGAAUGUCCUGAGAAGGAGAAGCUUCCACAGGAGUGGAAGAACAAGACAGCCCUGCAGCGCCUCUGCGUGAUGAGAGCCAUGCGGCCCGACCGGAUGACCUACGCCAUGCGGCCUGCUACCAGAUAUGUUCAAAGAAACAGUUUUUCAUUCAGUGUCUUUGCAGCCGAUUAUCGAAAUUUUGCUUUAGGCCUCAUUUUCAUUGUUCCUGGCCCCAUUCUGUUUUCUUACCCAAGAAAUAAUAACGACGACUCCAUCCCCCUUGCAGGAAGAAAACUUGGAUACACCUUCAACAAUCAGAACUUUCACAACGUGUCUUUGGGGCAAGGACAGGAAGUGGUGGCUGAGGCUGCACUGGACCUCGCUGCCAAGAAAGGUCACUGGGUUAUUUUGCAGAACAUUCACCUGGUGGCCAAGUGGCUCAGCACCCUGGAGAAGAAGCUGGAGGAGCACAGUGAGAACAGCCACCCAGAGUUCAGGGUCUUCAUGAGUGCAGAGCCGGCACCCUCCCCUGAGAGCCACAUCAUCCCCCAGGGCAUCCUGGAGAACUCCAUUAAGAUCACCAGUGAGCCCCCCACGGGCAUGCAUGCCAACCUACACAAGGCCCUGGACAACUUCACUCAGGACACUCUGGAGAUGUGUUCUCGGGAGACGGAGUUUAAGAGCAUCCUCUUUGCUCUUUGUUACUUUCACGCGGUGGUGGCGGAAAGACGGAAAUUUGGGCCCCAGGGAUGGAAUCGCUCGUACCCCUUUAACACCGGAGACCUCACUAUCUCUGUGAACGUCCUCUACAACUUCCUGGAGGCCAACGCAAAGGUCCCCUAUGAUGAUUUACGCUACCUAUUUGGAGAGAUCAUGUAUGGAGGCCACAUCACAGACGACUGGGACAGAAGACUCUGCAGAACCUACCUGGAGGAAUUCAUUCGACCGGAAAUGUUAGAAGGAGAACUGUCUUUGGCCCCAGGGUUCCCACUCCCAGGCAACAUGGACUACAAUGGUUAUCAUCAGUACAUCGAUGCUGAGCUGCCCCCAGAAUCCCCCUACCUCUAUGGCCUCCACCCAAACGCAGAGAUUGGCUUCCUGACCCAAACCUCAGAAAAGCUCUUCCGCACUGUGCUGGAGCUGCAGCCUCGGGACAGCCAGGCCGGAGAAGGAGCGAGGGCCACAAGAGAAGAAAAGGUCAAGGCACUUCUGGAAGAAAUAUUGGAGCGCGUGACAGACGAGUUUAACAUCCCAGAACUGAUGGCCAAAGUGGAGGAGCGCACCCCCUACAUUGUAGUUGCCUUCCAGGAGUGUGGCCGGAUGAAUAUCCUCACCAGAGAGAUGCAGCGCUCGCUGAGGGAGCUGGAGCUCGGCUUAAAGGGGGAGCUGACUAUGACCAGCCACAUGGAGAACUUACAGAAUGCCCUGUACUUCGACCUGGUGCCAGAGUCCUGGGCUAGACGGGCCUACCCUUCCACAGCAGGCCUGGCAACCUGGUUUCUAGACCUCCUCAACAGAAUCAAGGAGCUAGAGGCUUGGACGGGCGACUUUACAAUGCCCUCCACUGUGUGGCUGACAGGCUUCUUCAACCCCCAGUCGUUCCUGACUGCCAUCAUGCAAUCCACGGCUCGCAAGAAUGAGUGGCCACUGGACCAGAUGGCCCUGCAAUGUGACGUGACAAAGAAGAACAGAGAAGAGUUUAGGAGUCCUCCUCGGGAAGGGGCCUACAUCCACGGCCUCUUCAUGGAAGGUGCCUGCUGGGACACACAGGCUGGGAUCAUUACAGAGGCAAAGCUGAAGGAUCUGACACCCCCUAUGCCUGUGAUGUUCAUCAAGGCCAUUCCUGCAGAUAAGCAGGACUGCCGCAGUGUCUAUUCCUGUCCUGUGUACAAGACCAGUCAGCGGGGACCCACCUACGUGUGGACUUUCAACCUGAAGACUAAGGAAAACCCAUCCAAGUGGGUUCUGGCUGGAGUAGCCUUGCUUCUCCAGAUUUAGCUUCCUGCAGAGCCACCGAGAAAAUAAAAAGGCUGGGCUUGGAGGCUGCCCAGAGGGACAGGUGGGUGAAGUGUGACCACAGACACUUAGAAAGAUAAGAAACCAUGAGCACUCACAAUUCUGUAGAAUUCCUCUAGGGAACUUGGAGAGGUGUGCCUAAAGUGAGGUUGAGCUGGAGGAAUAUGGGCCCAGGAACCAAAGGAGGAUAAUUUCAUGAUGCUAAACCUUUCUUAAUAAAAUGAUUUACUCUUCCACUGUGUCUGGCCUAGGAUUUGAGAGCUGCUGAGUCAUAAAUGAUCAUGUAGCAACCGAGAGAAAUAAGCCACAAACACCAGGGCCCUGACCUUAUUACACAACACUGUCCUAGCUCUUUUUCCAGGCCACCCCACGCAGUCCUUGGACCAGUGGUACUGGCAUCACCCAUGAACCAGAAUCUCCAUUUUAACAAUCUCUCUGGAAAAUCUGUACGCACACUAUAGUUUGAGAAUCACUACCCUGGGGCAGGGGUCACCAAAAUUUUUCCAUAAAGAGCCAGUUCGUGAAUACUUUACGAUUUACCAUGCCUCUGUUUGAACUUUGCAACUUUGCCAUGGUAGCCCAACAGCAACCAUAAACGAUGAGUAAAUGAAGGGGUGUGAUUGCAUUCUAACAAACUUUAUUUACAAAAACAAGCAAUGGGCCAUAUUUUGCUGAUCCCUGCUGUAGAGGAUAAGGGAUGUGUAUACUGAUAUUUAUCCUUCAUUAAUUCAUGCAUCCACUCAAUACAUUUUAAUCUAACACCUACUAUUUGUUGUGGAUACAGUGUGAACAAGCAAACAGGAAGUAUCUCCAUCAUCCUUUAGAUCAUUUAAGAGGAAGCCAAGAAGAAACAUUUACUCUAAAGCCUUUUUUUAAAUUUUCCAGAUGGAGUCUCGCUCUGUCACCCAGGCUG